UUCUGUUCAUCAAGCACCUCGUCCUCGAUCAUUUGCUUUAUUUUCAUCCAGCACUUCAUCAUUUGCAAUCUAUCAGCUGAAUUUAGUUUCAAAACGAGAAUAUAUGGAACUUUUACCACGACCAGCACAAUCUAUGGUAGAACGAAGGCAUGCACUGAAAUUUCCAAUUUGGUUUGAACAACGUGUGAUAGAAUGGUUUGAAUUAGAUGAAGAGUUGUGGAGCAUGGAUGAGUUCAGUUCUUUUUUGCAUUUAACUGAUCAGUAUGUGAGGGUGAAACGACAUGGAAUUGCAAAAAAUGAAAAGAAGUUGCGACUUAAAGAUUUUUAUGGAGGACCUAUUCCUGUUGAAAUCAAACCAGAAUACAUGAAGGUCACCGGGGAUAAUGCAGGGGUAUUUACAGCUGAACUCAGCAUUAUAGUUCGUGGGAGUGGAAAACUCUUAAUUUAUGAAUCGUGGCCUGAUGUUCCAGAAAUUGAUAAACAAAUUAUGUAUAAUGAAAUAAAGGAAGAUUUUCAAGUUGAUUUCAACGAUCCACGCCACAAAGAAGUUGUGGAUUUGCAACUUCAUACCCGACUCAAGGAUUACCAACACGAGGUAAAAAGUUAUUGGAAUUUGUUUGACCCUGAUGAAGCACCUCGAAAUCCAUAUAAAAGUGUUCGGUCUGAAGUUUGGUCAGUAUUGUGCAAUUGUUUCAUGUCUGAAAAGCAUAAGGAAAUUAGUGAGCAAAAUCAACGGAACCGGGCUGCACUACAAGUUCACCAUUGUGGCGGAAGCAAGUCCUUCGUGCGGUAUAUUGAGGAGAAGAAAAUGUCUCAGAAUGGAACUCAACUUCGUUUGGUUGAUGUUUAUGACGAAACGCAUCACAAUCCGGAAAAGGGUUGGACAUGUGAGAAAGAAUUGCAUGGGGAACUGGUUGCAACAGUACAGGCUUUAGAUCCUACAGAUGGAGAUAGACUUGAAAAGGAAAAGCAAGCCUUUGUCAAAGUUCUUGGGAAGAAGCCCAAAUAUAUCCGUGGCUUGGGGUAUGGAGUGAAACCCCCACCAGCCCGUCCUAAUGCGGAGCUAGAGAAUGAAAGAAGGCUUUAGGAUUUCAGCUGAAAAGAAAUAUGAUGAUGCUACUAAAGUAAUCAAGGAUAUGGAGACCAAUAUGGAGCAAAGAUUAGAAGCUAAGAUCAGCAUGAUCCUAAAAGGGCUGCUCUCUCAAAGCAAUGUUCCACCACCAAGCUCUCCAUAGGAAACAGUUGACUGAUGUCUUUUGUACUUGUUUGUAAUUUUGUUGAACUUGUGUUCCCUAAGCCUUGUUUUUUCAGGACUAGUGCUUGGCUUAUGAGUUGUAUAAAUUUGCUUCAACUUUAACCAUGCUUCAACUUUAUUUGUAAACGUGAUCUUUAAUUUUGCUAUUUAAAAUAUCUUUUGCAUA